GCAGUUGGCUAAGUGAAAGAGAAAGUCUGACAGACUCACUUCUUGCUACGCAAUCGGCUAAGUGGAAGGGAAAGUCUGACAGACUCACUUCUUGCUAUGCGAGGCUACACUAUCAAAAUCAUGGGCAAACUGUCUGUCUUUUUGUUUGUUUUUUCAUUUUACACCAUUGUCAGCCCAGGUUCAGGAUCACAUUCUCUGUGGGCACUUGCAACAUACAUCGUCGGAGAGACGCCUUUCCCUGAGUUUACGGUUGUGGUGAUGUUGGAUGAUGUUCAAGUGGCUUACUAUGACUCCAACGAUAAACAGUCUGUCUACAGGGGACAACAUAUCACAAAAACCAAGGACGAUGAAGCUCAGGACGGAGCUCAUGUAUUUAGAGUAAUAUACCAGAGCAUGAAAGACAGAUCAUUUGAACUAAAGCACCGCUUUAAUCUCACGGAAGGUGUUCAAGUUCAGCAAAAAAUAACUGGCUGUGAGAUGUUGAACAAUGGUGAAUCAGCCUUGGUCAUGUAUAAGGAUGUUUUCAAUGCCAUUUAUACAGAUCGAACAUUAUAUUACAACAUGACACAUUUUACGUACGAUGCUGGGAAACUACUACUAGGAUGGGAUGGGAUAAGGCAAGCAUAUGAAAGAACACUUUAUGAGAAUGUUUACCUUCCUAUUUGUAUAAAAUCACUGAAGAGACUCCUGAAGAGAGAGAAGAACAUUGUGAUGCGUAAAGUUCCUCCCAGACUCAGGUUGAUAAAGAAAGAGGUUUCUGGAGGGUUUCAGGUGAGCUGCCUGGCGUUUGGUUUCUACCCCCGCCACAUCAACCUGACCCUGCUGAGAGACGGCCAGCCAGUGGCAGAACAGGAGCUGACAGGGGGGGAGGUGCUGCCUAGUGGAGAUGGGACCUACCAGCUGAGGAAGAGUCUGGAGGUCAGUACUGAGGAGCUAAAGAAGAGACACAACUACACCUGUACUGCCUCUCACCUCAGUCUGGACAACAAGCUGGAUGUCAGUUGGGAGUCUGGGGCAGAGAGAGUUCACCUGUCCACCCUCUCAGUUCUACUGAUGAUGCUGCUGAUUCUUAUUCUAUUGGGCAUUUUCAUUUGUGUCAAAAGGAGGUGGAGUAACACUGCCUCCCAGUCUGAACUUGCCAACGUUGAUGCAAAAGUGUCAGAGGAAAUUAACCUUUCUUCAGAUUCUGAGACCUAAUAUAUUUUUGGGACACGGAUGCAGCUUUGUCAAUUCAGCUCAAUUCACAAUGAAAAUAUGACUGCCAGAGCACCUAUGAGGGCAGACACAAAAUGUAUGAAUGAUUGACUGACCAUAACAAUCUUCCCUUCCCCUCAACAAAGGACUGUAAAGACAUCAGUUUGUGGAGACUGUUGACAAUAACAAAUAUCUGGCCAUUAUUAGUCCAGAUCUGCAUUUCUAUAUUUUAUAGGCUGGUUUGGCAUCCUGAGCAUUAACAAACAUAAUCUGGUAGUUAUAUGUGUGAUGUAAUCUGUAAUUUCUAAUCAUGACUAUUCAUUAACUGUACAAUUAUAUCCGUUCUGUAUUAGCUGAAAGCCAGUAUCUUAACCAGAAGGAGAAUCAUGUGAUCAUGUGUAUGAGGUCUGUUUAUUAUUGGAAAGACUUUACACUGUCUCUGUGUUGUAUUGUAUGUAGUGUAUAUUACCCCCAGGCUGUACAAUAAUACCUUUAUUACAGACAAUAAAAUGUAGCCAAAUCAAUUAAUGGAUUGAUUAAUGUUAACUACGACAUUGUUUAAAUUAAUGUCAAGUAUACCAUAACUUCUCUCAGGAACUUGUUUAUCACGGUGGAAGGGAGAGAUAUCUGACCCUAUUUCACUCCAGUUGAAGACUGGAGUGAUUAUUAAACUAAGGUGAAUGUUGUAUGCAUUAUAAACAAUUAAACCGUUUUGAUAUAACAGCUUUAA